AUGGGACGGCGUACCUUCGAGCUCGUCCUCGCCUUUGCUCUGGGCGCUUGCGUCACCCAGCUUGUCGGCUUCUUCCGUGCGACGGGUGGCGGCAAAAUGCUGUCUGCUGCAAAGGUCCGCUUGCCGAGUGCUCAGGAUGCUGCUCUACCGAGUGCUGCCUCCGUGCUGGCUGUCUGCGACGCUGCCCGCCGCCACUCGGACGGGGCCCUCAUCGCGUGCAUCGCCGACCACAACUCUCUCCACAUGGCUCUGAGUUGGGUCGCUGCGGUGCGCGCGCUGAACCGGUCGUUUGCGGUGUUUGCCGUCGAUUCCGAGAUCCGCGCCGAGCUGGUCCGCCGCGGCGUGCCGACCAUCGGCGGCGAGGGCGUGCCGCCAGCCGACAUGCGGAUGACGUGGGUGAAGACCAAGGCGGGCGGGCUCGCGCCGAACGAGCGCUUCGCCAAGCUUGGGGGCCUGCGCUCGCACGUGAUGAUCGCCCUGCUGCGCGCAGGGUGCGAGCACCUACUCUUCACCGAUGCCGACGUCCUCUUCAGCGGGGACCCGGUCCCGUUCGUGCUCCGCUUCUCGGACGAGGCGGUCCGCCCGGGCCCCGUCCUCGUCUCCUCCGACUUUUUGAACACGAACAUGAGCGCCCGGGCGGACGGCCAGCUCGAGGACCCGCAGGUCUCCGCGGUCUACUACGCCGCGUGGAACGUCGGCCUGCUGUAUUGGCACCGCUCCGCGCUGCCGGCGCUCGAGGCGUGGCACAAGCUCGUCGUCGACACUCCCGAGCAGUGGGAGCAGGCGCUGAUCCGGACGGCGCUCGAAGACAAGCCCCGCAGGACUGUGCGGCCCGCGCUGGCGAGCCGCCGCCUCUUCACGGGCUUCAACGGCACCACGUCGAUCGGCGUCCUCCCCGUCGACCGCUUCUGCAACGGCCACACGUACUUCGUGCAGCGCCUGCCCCAGCGGCACCGCCACGAGCCGAUCGCCGUCCACCCCACCUUCCUGCCCACCCCGGGAGCCUCCAAGAUGCACCGGCUGCGCGAGGCGACGCUCGUCGACGACCCGCCCGAGUACUACUCCCCUCCGCAGGGCGUGCUGGCGUACACGCCCCGCGUGCGCCUCGACCUCGCGCGGCCGUCGGGCGUGAUGGGCGUCGAGGCCCACAUGGCGAUGGUGCACGAGCAGCUGUCGCAGCUGCGCUCCGCCUGGGUGCUCGCGCAGAAGCUCGGCCGCGUCCUCGUCCUGCCCACGCUCACGUGCGGGCUCGACCGGCUCUGGUGGGAGAUCAACGGCACGAUCCCGGGGACGGACACCCCCCUCCCGAUCUCGCCCUGCCCGGCCGACCUCGUCCUCGACCUCGAGGUGCUCAUGCGGAAUCACGGCCGCGACGGGCGGCUGGUCGCCGUGCGCGAGUACUCCUUCCUGCAGAACCCGCGCCUGCCGGCCGAGCUGCGCACGCCCAUCACUCUGCCUCGCCCUCCGAGCAGCCUGGACGAGGCGAGCCUGCUGCCGCUCCGCGCACAGCUCGCCGCGCGGCCGGCCGCACCGCUCCUCUUCGGCGAAAUGCCGCCCGACUUGUACGAGAAGCUGCCGCCGAGCGAGCGGCAGCAGACCGAGCGCACUCUCCUCGUGUGGGCCGCCUUCUGGUGCUGCACAAAGCGGCAGAACCCAAAGGUGCGCGGCGCCGUCUGGUACGAUAUUUUCUGGGACCAGCCGGGCCACGUGGACAGGCACGGGCGGGUGUGGAAUGAGAGCUGGCGGGUCAUCCUCGGCCCGUGA